AUGGUGCUUGGUCACAGCCACAGAAGAUCGUCAGUUGCCGGCAGUCGCUCCUCCACUGAGGAAAACCGGCCCGACUCUGCAAGCGGCGAAGAUGAAACCAUCGUAGAACCGGAUCAGGGAAAUGUUCUCUCCCACAUAAUCUCGCAGUUACGUCCCGGCGCGGACUUGAGUCGCGUCGUGCUACCGACCUUCAUCCUGGAGCCAAGAUCAAUGUUGGAGAGAAUAACCAACUUCAUGGCGCAUCCCGAAACCCUCCUUCCUAUGCCUACCAUCGAAGAUCCGACCCAGCGAUUCGUGGCUGUGGUCAAGUUCUAUCUGAGCGGUUGGCACAUUAAGCCUCCUGGAGUGAAGAAGCCUCUCAACCCCAUUCUCGGAGAGACCUUUACCUGCUAUUGGGACUAUCCCGACAAUACCCGGGGAUAUUACAUUUCGGAACAGACAUCGCAUCAUCCUCCCAAAUCCAGUUACUUUUACAUGGCACCGGAGCAUAACAUUAGAAUAGACGGGACUUUGAAGCCAAGGAGUAAAUUCCUCGGCAACUCUGCGGCAAGCUUGAUGGAAGGCAUUGCAAUCUUGCGGUUUUUGAACAGAAACGAAAAAUACUUCCUGACACAACCAAACAUGUACGCUCGCGGCAUUCUCUUUGGAAAGAUGAAGUAUGAGUUGGGCGACCACAGCUUCGUUCGCUGCCCGGAGACUGGUCUGGUAGCCGACAUUGAAUUCAAGACAAAGGGUUACUUUAGUGGCACCUACAACGCCAUCGGCGGUGUCAUCAAGCAGGAGAGUACUGGCAAGGUCCUGUACGAAAUUUCCGGUCUGUGGAACGAGGCGAUGUAUAUCAAGGACACCUUGACUGGUCACAAAGAAGUGCUAUUUGAUGCAACCAAUGCAAAGCAUACGCCCCCUCUGGCUCGCCCUCUGCAAGAGCAGGAAGAGCGCGAAUCUCAGAAGCUCUGGUACAAGGUCGUGACGGCGCUAAAGGAACGCAACCAAGAUGUUGCAACAGACGAAAAGAGCAGGAUCGAGGAUAUGCAGCGCAUGGAAGCUGCUCAUAGGGCAGACGACGGUGUCGAGUGGCACCCUCGCCUCUUCAGGAGAGUUCACGGGGGCCACGGGGGCCCUGAAGAGGGCGAAGAGGACUUGGAUUGGAUCUUAAACGCAAGAAUUGACGGUGCGACGCCAGAGGAACAGGCGCAGCAGAUUCUGGCCAUAACGCCAAUCCUCCCUGGACAGAAGCAGUCCCAAAAAUUUGCCAUUCCCCCGCAUCAUCUCGCCGCUCCCGGCGAAGCUCCACCAGAGGACGUCAUUGGCCCUAUCAAGAGGAAAGAUACAGAAACUGCUGAGAUUGAUGAGUUUGUCGAUGCCGAAGACGGCUCCACACACGGAUGA